AUGGACGCACUUAUGAGUGGGAUGAGUGGUGGGAUGGAUAUGGGUUCGAACAUGAUGUUCAGACCUUAUAAUCAGAAGUUGGCGUUGGGAUAUUGGUAUAUUAUUGCCGGGUUCGUCGGUGCGGUGUUGCUGUGUAGGGGGUUUGAGAGGUGGAGAGAUUGGGUUAGACUUCGGAGAAGCAAAAUAGUCUCUCUAAAAUAUCCCACUAAACCUAGCAAUCGAAUCCAAGAGAUAUACGCAACAGCCACAGCCAUUUUCCGAGAAUCAUCAUAUCCUCAAAUUCACAUUUCAACUCCUUAUCUCUCAUGGUUAUCUCCUCCCUCGUCAGGCCGCACUAUUCUUCUUCUUUGCUACUGGGCAAUUUUGAUCUUCAUGAUGACAUACGAUGUCACAAUAAAAGAUGCCUACUACUAUGAACGUAUUGGAUUUCGGGGCGCUUGGAUCUCAGUUACACAAGUUCCGCUCAUCUAUCUACUUUCUUCCAAGUCGAACAUUAUUGGAGCCUUGAUUGGAAGUUCACAUGAAAGAUUGAAUUGGUUUCAUCGUUGGGUUUCGAGGACCUUACUCCUCACUGUCACGGUUCAUGGUGCCUUCUUCUUUCGGGAAUGGGUCCGAGCUGACUUUGUUUCCUUUGAGCUUAAACUUAUGCCAAUGGUAAAAUAUGGAAUGGGCGCAUGGGGCAUAUUGCUUUGGACUUUCUUAAGCUCCUUAAGUCCUUUGAGAAGGAUGGCUUAUGAAGUCUUCGUGUUGCAGCAUAUUGCUUGCGCGGCUGUAUUCUUGUGGCUGCUGUACAUUCACGUGCCUGAGUAUGCUAGGUAUAACGUAUGGUUUGCUGUGGCGGCCAUGUCAUUUGACUGGGCUUUGAGAGGUAUCCUGCUUGUUGUCAGGAACUUCAGAGUGAAGGUUGUCGGAGCAGCCUGCAGAGGAAUGCAAAGGGUUGGCCAUCAAGCGGCGUUACAGGCUUUGAGUGAUGAUAUAACCAUAAUCAGCAUCAAGGACGCACCAUUCACAUGGAAAGCAGGUCAACAUGUGUAUCUAUGGCUUCCAAGGCUCGGUCCACUUGAGACUCAUCCUUUUACUAUCGCGAGUCCGUAUCAGACGUCGAAUAAGUGUCAUUGUAAUGAGAUCCAACUGGCAAUCCGGGCUCAAAAAGGAUUUUCGAGAAGAAUACACAAUUACGCAUCGAAAAUGCAGAGUGUCGAUAAGACUGCUAUUUUGACCGCAUUUGUUUCUGGUCCUUACGGUGUACCUCCAAACUGGAGCUCUUAUGAGACCAUUCUUCUGAUCUCCGCUUCCACUGGCGCAUCUUACACCCUCCCCAUCCUCGAAUCUAUCCUCCAUAAUCCCACACCAACAUGUGUGCAGCGAAUUCAGUUCCUUCUUGUGGUCCGCGAACGUAGCCAUAUCGACUUUUAUACGAAACGGUUAGGAAGCGCGCUUGCUCUUGCGGAUAAGAAGGGUAUUCAAUUGAUUGUGAAAAUCGCCGUCACUGGCAACGAUGGAGCAUCAAUGACUAGCUCAAAAGCCGAAGAAGGCAGAGCAGGAUAUCAACCGAGUGAGGAGGAUAAAGAAGAAGAUUCAAAGAUAAAAUCUAUUGCAUCUAGCUCAUCAUCAGAGGCAGGAGGAUGCUGCUGUAAUCCGCGAUCUAGUGGGACAGCAAACGACGACGAACUCUCUAUACGAAGUUCCAAACGUCAAUCAUAUAACGAUGAAAAGAAUUCGGAUAAAAUGGAAUCCCUCGUCACCACCCAGCAAAUAUCUCGCGUCUCUGGAGAUUCUCCUCAACCUGGUAGUGGUUGUUGCUGUGCCAAAAAACCAGAGGCGAAAUCAAGCGAGAAAUCAAGGAGGGGAGUGAGAGAUAUAAAAUAUUUGAACGGAAGACCAGAUAUUAGUCAAUUUAUUAGAGGGCCAAUAGAAAUCACGGGAGGAGAAACUGCCAUAACAGUCUGUGGAGGAAAGAGUUUGGUGGCUAAGGUUAGAAAUUCAACUGCCAAGUUGAGUGAUGAGAGAGCAGUGCAUAAAGGAACGGGAGCGAAUGGAAUCUUCUUGCAUGUAGAAGAGUAUUGUUUUUGA